AUGGGAGAUCUUCCUGUUUCCAGAGGUCGUGGAGGACCAAGAGGAAUGUCCCCAAGAACACGAGGAGGCUCAUUUACAAGCCAUGGAAGUCCAGAUGGAAGUUUUAGAGGUAGGCCAGGAUUUCGUGGAAGAGGAGGAUCAUCUGGACGCAGUGGUUUUCCACGUAGAGGCAGACCUCGUGGGGGGUCAUCUAUGGUUCGAGGUCAACCAUUUAGAGGAUCUCCUCAAGGUAGAGGCGCAUACAGGAGUAGUCUUCCCACAGGAGGACCCUGGGGAGAUGGAAGUGAACAUAAUUAUCCAAGUGAUGGAGUUCCUGCACCUAAAAGAAGUCGUUGGGAUACUCCAAAUUCUGGAGAAGAAAAAAAUGCUUACAGAAGAAGUUACACUAUGGAAAGUAGCAUUUGUGGCACCACAUCUGCAAGGGGUACAGGUUAUCAAGAUACUACGGGUUAUGGACGAUUUGAUAAACCAGUAUCAGCAGCUGACACUUACAUCCCAUCAAGUUCUGAUGACAUGUAUGCCUCUUCCAGGAACAUGGAUCAAUACUCUUCCCAAGAACCAAACUAUAAUAGAUUUAGAAGUGGGGCAGAACCACAUGAGCUAUCACAAAGUACAGACCCUUAUUCAAGACCAAGAAAUGCUGCUUAUGGCACUAGUAGAAAUUUUGACCCAUAUGGAACACAAAAAUUUGAUAACCCCUACAGUGUAUCCCAAGGUUCUGAUACUUACAAUAGAAUGAAUGCCGAGGAUGACUAUGGUGGUGGUCGAACAAUUCUUGCUAGUUAUAAUAGUUCUACCUAUUCAGGAGGAAGGACUACCCCUCCAGAUAUUUAUGGUGGUUGGGGAUCGUACACAGUUGGCAGUGGCUAUGAACAGCAGUAUGACUCAGGUGCCAGCAGGGCCCCUAGUGAUGAUCGUUAUGGUUAUGGCAACUACAGAGGGGCCUCCUCCUAUGACAAAGCACGUGAUAAUUGUAAUGAUACAUCAGCUGGUUAUGGUCCUUCACGUGCAGGAGGAGGACCCUUUCCUCCGCGUCGAUAUUAAACAACAUUGGAUCAUUCUCACGUUACCAAAAGAAGUUCCGACAUUUAUAUUGUCUACAUGACACUCAAAUGUUUCUGCACAGCUAAAAAUAAUAGUAAAAAAAGUAAAAUGUAACUCGGUAUGCCAACAUCUAUGACAGACUUUUCUGUCAUAUGGUUUUUAAUUCAAAAUGGACAUGAAAGACAACAUUUUUAUUAUCAUGGUUAUUAAAAGUGAUGACUUUAAACCUAUGUAAAUUUAUGUAGGGGGAAAAGAAGUGUAUGUUUCUGAACAUGAGUAGUGUUUAGCAAUUAAGUGCAUCAGUAUCUUUGUUCAUCUUAAAAUUUUGAUGUCUGUAAUAUUUUAGGCUUUCACCUCCCAUCUGUUUCAGUAUAAACCAUAUUUAACUGUAGAUUUUGAUUGUUUAUAAAAGAAAAUAACAGUGUUGGAGUUGCUGAAUUACAGUACAUUAUGAAAUAAUUGAUUCUUUGAAUAAAUUCUCAGUAAUGUGUUUUUAUGAUUUUCCAAAUGGGGUUGUGUAGUCAGCAUAAUACUUCCUUUGGGUGAACCUAGAUCUGUGAAUCAAAUAUACCAGUUAAAAGUAUUUCUAAAGGCAAGAAAUUUCAUGAAAAAAA